AUGGAAACCCAAAACCACAAGCUGCACAUCGCGUUCUUCCCCUUUAUGGCUCAAGGCCAUGUGAUCCCAGCCAUUCACCUGACCAAGCUAUUUGUUUCCAGAGGUCUCAAAGCCACCAUCAUCACAACCCCGGCAGAUGCACCUUUCAUCCGCAAGAAGAUCGAAAACUCUGGUACCCAGAUCAACAUUUUCACAAUUAAAGUGCCUGCUGUUGAGGUGGGAUUGCCAGAAAACUGUGAGAACUUUCACUCUGCUACUUCGCCGGAAAUGCAAGCAAAGUUCUUCAAAGCCACAACCUUGCUUGGACCACAGCUUGAGCUCUUCUUGAAGCAAAGGAAACCCAAUUGCCUUGUUGCUGAUAUGUUCUUUCCUUGGGCUACUGAUGUGGCAUCAAAGCUUGGGAUUCCAACUCUCAUUUUCCAUGGAAUUAGUUACUUCGCCUUGUGCGCUACACUGUGUGUGCAUCUGUAUAAGCCUCACAAUCAGGUUUCAUCUGAUUCAGAACCUUUUGUUAUUCCUAACUUACCCGACAAGAUUGAGCUGAAUAGAAAGAAAAUUCCUGAUUUUGUUAAGGAUGGAGUUGAGAAUGAGUUUAAAAAGAUGUAUGAAGAAUCUAUGGAAGCACUAAAGAGCAGCUAUGGGGUUCUUGUUAACAGCUUUUAUGAGCUUGAACAUAGUUAUGCUGAUCAUUACCGCAAUGUGUUGGGGUUAAAAGCUUGGCAUAUAGGGCCAUUGUGGUUAUGCAAUGAAGUUGAAGAUCAGAAACUCUCUACUGAUGAACAUGAAUGCAUGAAAUGGCUUGACAGAAAGAAGCCCAAUUCAGUUGUUUAUGUAUGUUUUGGGAGUUUGGCAAAUUUUGGUGAUGCCCAGCUCCUAGAAAUUGCAAUAGGUCUUGAGGCUUCAGGGCACCAUUUCAUUUGGGUUGUCAAUAAACAAAAUAUUAUCGAGGAAAACUGGUUGCCUGAAGGAUUUGAAGAAAGGAUUGAAGGGAAGGGAAUGAUUAUAAGAGGGUGGGCACCGCAAGUGAAGAUUCUUUCACAUGAAGCAGUGGGAGGGUUUGUGACACAUUGUGGGUGGAACUCAACACUUGAGGCAGUGUGUGCUGGUGUACCGAUGGUGACAUGGCCUCUAUUUGCAGAGCAGUUUUACAAUGAGAAGUUGAUAACGCAAGUGCUUGGGAUCGGGGUUGAUGUUGGUGCUCAAGAAUGGAUUAGAGUGGAUGGUGAGAUUGUGAAGAGUGAGAACAUAGAGAAGGCUGUGAGAAAGGCAAUGGUGGGUGAAAAAGCAGAGGAAAUGAGAAGCAGAGCUAGGGGUUAUGCCGAAAUGGCAAGAAGGGCUAUUGAAGAAGGGGGUUCAUCUUAUACAGAUCUCAAUAGUUUGAUUGAAGAAUUGAGGUCUCGUGCCAUUACUACAGAAACAAGUUGA